AUGGAAUCCGCCCAUCAGCCGCCUGCCGGCCACGGAAGCACCAGCACCAGCAGCAGCAACAUGCUCCUCCAUGAUGAAACUCCACCCCCGGCUGACGGGCCAUCUCGCAGCGACACGCGAGCAUCCGGCGAGGGCGAGGCCGCAGAGAGCGCUGCUGGCUUGCGUAGCUCUCCACACGCCAGCCUCUUUUCGCCCCAUGUGUCGUCCGACUCUGCUGGCCAGUCUUCGGCACCGCGUGCAGGCCAUGCCAGAACGCUGAGCGGCUCCCGAUCUAUGCCCUCUCUUGCCAACCGUCCAGCCAUGCCCAAGCGACCGUCGAGGCCCCAGGCCUCGGAUGAGCGUACCCCUAUUGUCCAGCUGCAGACGCAGAUUGACCAGGCGCAGAAGAGCGCCGAUGAUCCCAAUACUCCCCUGGAGGACACUGGCAAGAGGCGCACCACGCUGGACCUCAUGCGCACAGAACAUGCCUUUCGCACAGACAUAAGCACUCUGUUCAGCGAGAGUGCGGCCAUGUCAGCCUCGCGUGCACCAUCGUACAACAACGCCACCGGCCCUCUGUAUCUGCGAGCCUCGGCCGAAUCCAUACCCCUUCCCGACCAUCUCUACUCCCGCGGAUUGCUCGAGGGCCGCCACUCCGACAUCACCAUCAUUGCCUUUAGCCAGCGGUACCCUCUGCAUCGCCUGAUUCUCGACCGUGCGCCUUUCUUUACCACUGCCCUUUCGGAGCCAUGGCUCGAGAGCCAGUCCAAGGAGGUCGCUCUGCACCCGGAAGAGAUUGACUCUAGCAUCACGCAGGCCUCGUUUGAGCUCGCCAUACGCAAACUCUAUGGGGUGGAUAUCUCAAAGGAGUCGGAUGCCGAGGCCGUCGGCCUGUUUGCGACGGGUUGCUGGCUGGAGAUGCAGGACCUGAUAGACUCGGCCAUUGAGUCCAUCCUUCGUCAAAUGGCGCCAGAGACGCUUGCCUUUCUCAUUCGGCUUGUUACGACCAACUACUACGGCCGCUCCGGUGAUCGCAUCCUUGAGUCGGCCAAGGCCAUGCUCAGCAGGAACGGCUGGGAGAUGCCCCUCAAGUACUGGGACGAUAUGCCAGGCGACAUCAUUCGCGAGCUUGUGGGUUCGGACGGCUUUUUUGUAGAGAGCGAAUGGGACCGGUGGGUUCUCGCAAAGCGUCUCCUCGACCGUCGACUGCGACUGGCUGCGGUUGACGCUGGCCUGAUACAGCGAGGGCAGAAGCCUGUCCCCCAAGCGCCCAAUUCACUGCGCCUCAUGGCUGUUCGCUUCGACGGUGUUUAUCGGCAGAAUGCACUGACUGCCACUCAUUCGUCAUCCGAUGCGCAAGCCGACUGGCUCGCAUUGUACACGUUACCCGAUAUUGAACGCAUACUCGUGCUUUUAGAUGAGGGUAUCCACUACAUCCACAUGGAAUACGAGCAGCUCGAGUUUAUCAAGAAUGCUCGCGAUGUCUUUGGCCUCCCCGUCAUGCCCGAGAGUGUCAUUUCCAGCUCACUCUGGCAACAGCUCGCUCUUCGCCAAAAGGUGCUCAACACGGACGAAAACUCGCAGGAACUUGGACUAUCUCAGUCCUUGCCUGAGCCCGAACCAUUCAACGUAGCUACCAAGAGCGGAAGUGAAUUGACUUCCAAAGGUCAGCACCCAGAGACCGCAAUUGAUGAUGGUGACAUGGAAUCACAAAGCUGGGACUGCAAUGGUAAACCGCGCAAGUUCUGGAUCCCAAGCUCGGACUGUAACAUUGUCCUCGGGAAUGGCGCUGAACCUGUUGUUACUACUUCAAGCUCCUUCCAGCGCCAUGUCUCACGCCUUUCGACUACCCUGCAGCCCGAAGAUGCUCAAUGGGCGACCGACUUUGCAUCUACACCAGCAACCCUAACGAAUCCCAACACACGCAUGGACUUUCCACGGCGCCCAAUAUCCGCCGGUGGCGGUAAUGCCGGACAGCCCAAGCCGAUUGCUUAUACAGAAUUUCCGCCUUUCCGCUUCUCUGCCGAAUUCCCGAACCCUCGCUUUCUCAAAGAAAAGAAGCGUGUGUAUUCGCGUACGGUCUCGUAUGCUGGGUCUCUCUGGAACAUAUACAUUCAAAAAGUCCGCUCGGCCAAGAAUAUACAACUCGGUGUAUAUCUCCAUCGUGCAAAAGAACGUGAGGUGGAGGAAGCUGUACAGUCUAGUAGUCUCAACCAGCAGAAUGAUGGCACAGUUGAUGAACGCAUUGGUCGCUUGGAACGAGAAAUGCUAAUGCGCAGCGAUCCACGCGACCGAAGACGCAGCACCCGCGUUCCUUUUGUGGACCCAACGGCGGAGGACGACACCUCUGGAAGCGGCGGAGACCCUGACCCAACGCUUGGUUCUCCGGGCCUACACGGCUCCAUGUUUACGGGUAGCACUCUUGGCUCACGGCGACGUGCUAACGUGUCGCGAUUGACCUCGCAUGGCCUUCAGUGGGGAUUUCACAACAUGACAUCGCCGCCAGCUCACACGGGGGAUACAGUCGACUCGCCUUCCUACACACAUGGCCAUUACUCUCCCUCUGAACACGAGUCCGACACUUCGGACGAGGAGGACGACUCCGACGCCGCAGCCUACACAAACCCCUCACUCUCGUCCCGCGCCCACCGAAAGACGAGGCCCGUUAUCCCCGCCCUGCCACCAUACGUGGAUGCGCGGCCCACGAUCAAGACCUAUUUUAAGAUUUACAGCCCAUCCAAGGGAGGACGAAUGCUCAGUAUCUACGAGAGCGCACCCGACCGCUUCAACUUUAGUCAGAGUUGGGGUUGGAAGAGCAGCACGCUGAUGCUAGACGAAAUCACCAUCAGCGGUGAAGGCGACGAUACUCUGGGUAGUGUUCCUAACCCCGCUGCGAGCAAGAAGACGGACGGAAAAUUACGCUUCAUGAUGGUUAUAGGCAAUUUGUAAUAUAGCGCCGUUUGUUCUUUGUUCCUUUUUUUUUCUUCUAAUCUCUUCACACGAGUCGUAGUCCUUUUCUUUUCGUCUUUGUCCUGAUACCCCCCUUUUGUAUCUGUGCUGAGAAAGAAUGUGGGGCCUUUUCUUCUUCUUCUUCUUUUUCUUCUUCUUCUUCUUUGAUGUUACGUCGCGUACGUAUAUGAAGGUCCGCUAUGUUAUCUUGACGUGUCUUUAUUUUAUCACGUGGGUGGGCGAAAAUCAAUUUGCUGUGUGUACGGGGGGGGGAACAGGACUAAGUAACUUAUAACACACAGACACACACACACACACGCACAUAGAUACCAAGGUGCGCGCGCAUGUUCUAGACUGUUCAUCUCUAUUGUUGUUGUAUUCUUUCUUCUCAAUUGUAUUCGACGACUUCCAGCCAAAUGGAGUCAUGUCGAAAUCAAUUUUU